AUGCAGGCACCAGAUAGUCGAACGGAUCCAGAAGUUUUAAUUAACGGGACAUAUUUCGUGUCUCGUAUAUCGGGAUGCUGUCAUUCGGCCACCAUAAUCGACAGUCGUACCAGUGAGGAGGGAAAGACUGAAUACUUCGUACACUACAGGAAUCGUGAUAGGAGGUUGGAUGAGUGGGUUCCUCUCGAACGUAUUGAUGUUUCUCGUGAUCCACUCAUGAAAAGACAUCCUCCAACCCCUUCUCCCUCCCAUGAAGUAGGCCGAUUUACCAGGAAUCAAAAGCGUCGAAUGACCGAAUUCCACUCUGCUAGUUCGCUCUAUUGUCAGAACCUCUGCCUUUUGGCAAAGCUGUUUUUAGAUCACAAAACUCUCUACUACGACGUCGCGCCGUUCAUGUUUUAUGUAUUGUGCGAAUCGGACCGCGAGGGAUAUCAUGUAGUUGGAUAUUUCUCAAAGGAGAAAAUGUCAGCAGAUAACUACAAUUUGGCAUGUAUUCUUACCCUCCCGCCUUUUCAAAAACGUGGCAUCGGACGGUUCUUGAUCACAUUGAGCUACGAGCUAGCGAAACUGGAACACACUAUUGGUACGCCGGAGAAGCCACUUUCAGAUUUGGGACGCGUUAGCUACCGGAGCUACUGGGAGGAUGUGAUCUUCCACUACUUGCUACAGCAUCCGGAUUGCUCGAUCAGCGAGAUAAGUGAGGCCACCUCAAUUACCGAGGAGGAUAUCUUAUGGACAUUGAAGUACCAACGCGGCGUGCAAUUGUGGCGUGCCGGUUUUCAUGCAUACAUCCAAAAUGAACAGCUUGAAUUUCACCUGCGUCAGUUGCGCAGGAGUGGGAGAAAUGCCCGCAACAAAAUUGUCGCCAACGUCGGCUCUGGCGACCGAGAAGCUGAGCAAAAAUACGUGGAAUUUGAUGUCUCAUGCCUUCGGUGGAAUCCUCCCAUAAAGCCGUCGCUAAACUCUCCCUCCGCUUAAAUGCAAUCUUUGUUUAUGUAUGUUGUAUCCCGAAAAAGCAGCAAACCAGAGCAGCACCGGAACGUAUGUAUGGAAAGCUGUCUGCACAUAUGCGCGUUAAAGCCAAAUCGAUAGGCGUUAGAAUUGCAACUAAUCAGAUGCAGGAGAACUUGGCUGGGCCAAUGAGUGUUAAGUAGAAGUGUGAGUGAUCUAAGCGAAUCGAGAGCAUAAAUCGAGCAAAGUACCAGAACACGAGAUUGUUCCUCCUCUGUUCGUAAAAAUAUAAGCACUACAUGUCCAUGAGCGAUCUAAUUUAAUGUCAGCACCCCGAAGAAUUGUCAUGUGGU